AUGGAUCUACAUGGUGCUUUGCAGUGGGAUGACAAAAGAUCGCCAACCGAUCCGCAUACAAAAUUGGUACUGUGGGGUACACGGCACGGAAAUCGGAAUCCGGAACAAAUCCUUAAGAUGAAUCCAGCACGAUGGGGAUUCGAGGGAGACACUGAGCUCACCUCCAUUGGCAAGCGUCAAGCACUCGGAUUGGGUCGGGAACUGCGUCGAUUCGUUGGUGAUCUAGUUGAGGGAAACUACCUUCCCAAGCAGGCCAAAUACUACUCGAGUUCUGCUAACAGGUGUCAGAUGACACUACAGGUAGCUCUGGCCGGGUUCUACACUCCCACUGAUUGGGCAGACUGGCAGAAAUCUCAAUUCGACUUCUGGAGUCCUGUGCCUUACACGAUCGAUGAUCCGCUUCUGAGAAUGUAUGCUGUGAAGGACUGCCCUGUGUCUGAUCGAGGCGAGUUCCACUUCUCUUGGAAGCCUAUAUCCGAUGACACUUUACCGGACCUGAAGUUGCUUGCUGCCAACAAUAAGGGACUCCUAAAUUAUAUCGCCAAGAACACCGGAUGGCCACCUACUAUUAGUAGUGCUGCAGAUUUAGCCGAUAACAUCAUUGAAAUGGACUUUUACAAGGCCCCAUACCCCUCCUGGAUAUCUGAACCCAAACUGCGUGGCUAUAACAACGCCACCUUCAAAAAGGCUGUUCUAGCAUUCGGGGAGAAGCAUCAAAUACGUUGCGCCGAGUAUGCACCAUGUAGAGACAUUAUGGGAGGUGUAUGGCUGAAACAUAUGCUUGAUUCCGUCAACAAUGCCAUCAAAGGUGAAGGUCCCAGUGUCAUUGGAUAUGCUUCACAUACCGAAGUCACCCUCUCAGUCAUGAAGCUUCUGGGAGUGGAGAAGAAGGAAUUGACAACAUCAGCCGGCUUCGUUAUUGAAUUCAAAAUGAAACCAGAACCAAGUAUCCGCAUCCUCGAACACGACCCAGACCCGAUCGAUAAGCAUAUUAUUUAUAGGGCGUCGUACACACCGGACCUAGAAAAAAUCUCUAGCAAGUCCGGUUGGAUUCCGUUCAAGAAGUUCGAAGCUUUGGUAGGGAAGUUCGCUAUCGACAACUGGCAGAAAGCUUGCGGACAACAGUCCUGCAAACUCCCUCAACCAUAUUUGUCAAGAUAG